AAAGGCCCACCUAGCAUACCUUCCACUCCCAAAUGUCGAACCCGCAAAAUCGAUGUUCCCCCACUCACUCUAAACCCUAACCCCCGGAACCUCCGAUCGAUGAGACCCAGCUCCGCCGCAGCCAUGGCCGCCUCCGGCCGCCGCCUCCUCUCCGUCGCUGCCGCAGCCACCGAAAACACCAAGUUCGCUGUCCUGGUAACCCCGAUCCGCAGGCUCGCCCGCGCGGGCCGCCUCGCCGACGUCGACGCCCUCGUCGCGCCGCUCGUCCCGUCCCACCCCACCGCGGUGAUCUCCGCCCUCUCCUUGGUCGGCCUCUCCGAUCGCGCCUCCGCCAUCCUCUCCACAAUCCCGUCGCCCACCGCCGCGCACCUCAACGCCCUGCUUGGCCCACUCCUCCAACGCCGCCGCCACGCCAAGCUCGUGCCCGAUCUGCUGGACAAGCACCCAUCCAUCCCGCGCGACGCCGCCACGCGCUGUAUCCUGGCCAAGUCCAUCUGCAUCACCAAAGGCGCAGACGACGCGCUGCACCUCCUCGCCGGGGACGAGCCGCCCUCCCUCCAUCUCUACACGGCGAUCAUCGACUCCUACUACAAAGAGAAAAAGCCCCACCGCGCUGAGGAGCUGUGGCGCGACAUGGUAGAAAACCAUGGCAUCGUGCCUGACGCCGCCGCCCAUAACGUCAGGAUCACCUACAAGUCCAAAAAGGGCACGGUGGAGGAGGUGGAAGAGUUGAUCCGGGCCAUGCGCGAGGAGGCAGGGCUCAAACCGGACAUAGUAACUUAUCACGCGCUGAUUCAGGUCUUGGCGCGGCACAAGAGGGUGGAUGAGGCCGUGGAGUUAUGCAAGAGCUUCCUAGAGAAGGAGGAGGAGAGCACGGUGGCUCUGAAGUGCCGGACAUACUCAUACCUGGUGACAAUGCUGUGUGGCGAGAAGAGGUGGUCCGAGGCUGAGGACAUGUUCUACGAGGGAGUGAAGCGCCUGAAGGUAGCGGACCUUGGCACAGUGCACAAGCUGGUUAGCGGGCUCAAAGAGGCUGGCAAGGGGCGGGCUGCGAGAAGGGUGGUGGUGGGGCUGCGCAAGAAGUUCCCUGACCAAUUUGAUGGGCCGUGGAAGGUGCUCGAGGAGGCCGCUGGGCUCACACCGGGAGCCAGCAAUGAAGAGGAGGAAGGGGAGGAGGAGCAAGAGCUGGCGAGGACCGCGGCGUCCGUGUGAGCUGUUGCAGCAACUGCAUUCGCGGCAAGACAUGGAGGCCACAUUUCUGUGCUUGUCUGAGGAAUGGUGAGGCCUUAUUUGCCAGUUCAAUUAAGCAAAUUCUCAAGUUACAAGUGAGACUCUUGUAGUUUUGAUCAUUUAGCUUGCUGAAUCAAAUCGUACUUCUUUGAUGUGGUAUCUUGCCAUGACUAUCAGUCAGCUUAUUAUUUUGUUCCUUGUUGUCGCACUGGCGACUUGUUACUAAUACCAAGUCCUUUUGGACGAUGAGGUGCGAUCCUGGUAGUUAAUUUGCAUGGCACAUGAUUCAUUUCCUCUAGCAAUGAAUCAACUUUAGUCUGCAUCCAUAUCAAUGUAUAUCUUUUGCCUCCUUUUUGCAUCA